CUCGCUGAGGACCCUGGGCUGGGCGCCGCCGCCGGGUCUACCGGUCCUCUCACCCCGCUCCUUUCAACCUUGUCAGGCAGUUGGUGCGGUCUGGUGUUCGGCUGCGGUUCCAGUGCUCGCCGCAGCGCGCUCCCUUCCCUUCCCGCCAGGUCCUGGAGUUCGCCCUCCAUGGCUCUACUCGCUGCUGCAGCCCGGCUCCUGGGAGCCAAGAAUGCAUCCUGCCUUGUUCUUGCUGCCCGGCAUGCCAGUGCCUCUUCCGUGAAUUUGAAAGAUAUAUUGGCCAAUAUGAUACCUAAGGAGCAGGCCAAAAUUAAGGCCUUCAGGCAGAAACAUGGCAAGACAGUGGUGGGUCAAAUCACCGUGGACAUGAUGUAUGGUGGCAUGAGAGGCAUGAAAGGACUUGUGUAUGAAACAUCAGUUCUUGAUCCUGAUGAGGGCAUCCGAUUCCGGGGCUAUAGUAUCCCUGAAUGCCAGAAAAUGCUGCCCAAGGCAAAAGGUGGGGAAGAACCCCUGCCUGAGGGUUUAUUUUGGCUGCUGGUAACUGGACAGAUCCCCACUGAGGAGCAGGUGUCUUGGCUCUCACAAGAAUGGGCAAAAAGGGCAGCUCUCCCUUCUCAUGUGGUUACCAUGCUGGACAACUUUCCUACCAAUCUACACCCCAUGUCUCAGCUCAGUGCAGCUGUUACAGCCCUCAACAGUGAAAGUAACUUUGCCCGGGCCUAUGCAGAGGGAAUCAACCGAACUAAGUACUGGGAGUUGAUUUAUGAAGACUGUAUGGACCUGAUUGCGAAGCUACCUUGUGUUGCAGCAAAGAUCUACCGGAAUCUUUAUCGGGAGGGCAGCAGUAUUGGGGCCAUUGACUCUAAGCUGGACUGGUCCCACAAUUUCACCAACAUGUUAGGCUAUACUGAUGCUCAAUUCACUGAGCUCAUGCGUUUGUACCUCACCAUCCACAGUGACCAUGAGGGUGGUAAUGUAAGUGCCCAUACCAGCCACUUGGUGGGCAGUGCCCUUUCAGACCCUUACCUAUCCUUUGCAGCAGCCAUGAAUGGACUGGCAGGGCCUCUACAUGGUCUAGCAAAUCAGGAAGUACUUGUCUGGCUAACACAGCUACAGAAAGAAGUUGGCAAAGAUGUAUCAGAUGAGAAGUUACGAGACUACAUCUGGAAUACACUUAACUCAGGACGGGUUGUUCCAGGAUAUGGUCAUGCAGUGCUUAGGAAGACUGAUCCACGAUAUUCUUGUCAGCGAGAGUUUGCUCUGAAGCACCUACCUAAUGACCCCAUGUUUAAGCUGGUUGCCCAGCUGUACAAGAUUGUGCCCAAUAUCCUCUUGGAGCAGGGGAAAGCCAAGAAUCCUUGGCCCAAUGUAGAUGCUCACAGUGGGGUGCUGCUUCAGUACUACGGCAUGACGGAGAUGAAUUACUACACAGUCCUGUUUGGGGUGUCCCGGGCACUGGGUGUGCUAGCACAGCUCAUCUGGAGUCGAGCCCUAGGCUUCCCUCUGGAAAGGCCCAAGUCCAUGAGCACGAAUGGUCUGAUGAAAUUUGUGGACUCUAAGUCAGGGUAAAAUGGGAGAUUGUGGGGAGAAACUGACUACAAGAAAUUGGAGAAAGCUUAAAAAUAAAGUAUAAUUUUGUUUUGUUUCAGGGGCCUUUAAAGACAUAAGAUUAAACUGUAUUUGAGGCACUGAAAAUAAGUUUGAAGUUAAAAUGUAAAUUAAAAGAUGAAAAGUGACCCCUUCUUCCCUAACCAGCUCUCUUCUCCUUCCUACCUGCCUGGAGUUGCCCAUCAGUCAGCUGUAGGAUGCCUAGGACUAAUGCAUGUGGUAUGGGUUAGAGAUGGCUACCCAACAUCUCUUAGAGUGAGUCUGGCUCCUCUUUCUUUAGAUCAAACCAGGUUACAAGAAAGUUGCAGUCACUCUGGAGCUUUUGCUUUCACUCUAGAUUGGCAGGUCAGGGCUGUGCUCCUUGUUUCCAUAGGAAUCAGUUGUUGGAUCAUCAGCUGGGUCAAACCCCAUGGGGCCUCUCAUACAUAAACGCCUCCUAGUGAGACCUAUUGGUUGGACAUGCUUUGGUAACUUUUUAUGUUAUCAGGUGUCCAUAAAUACAUAGUAUUUAUUGUGAUUGGCACCCAGCAUUUGACUCAAUUCUCUUUUUUUAAGUUAUUCCAUUAAAAUUAAGGUCUGUGGGUGUGGUGGCUCAUGCCUUUAAUCCCAGCACUUGGGAGGCAGAGGAAGGAGGAUCUCUGAGUUUGAGGCCAGCCUGGUCUAUGUAUCGAGCUCCGGGCCAACUGGGGCUACAGGGAGACCCUGUCUCAAAAAGACCAAAAAAUAAAUAUAAAAUAAAAUUAAGGUCUGGAAGUGUUCUGUUUCCUACUACAGUAGUACCUCCUUCCAGACUUUCUAUACCUACUGUACCUCAAGCUGAGGAUGCUCCAGAUCUCCCCGUCUUGGUCUCUACUAGGGCCCUCUUUUAGCAGGUUUGUCUCAUCUGUGGUCUUCCUAGUCGUUUGCUUUUUAUCAAUACUUAAUGUGAACUAGGCCUUUUACUUCCAUGGAACAUAAGCCACUACCCUCUGACCUUGUUAUCUUCUGUUAAUAGUCUGUGACACAUAGAAUAGAGGCUCAGGAAAGACCAGCCCCUUCAUAGUCUGGUCCCAGAGGUUUUAGCAUUUUCUUUUUUCAACAGAGAUAUGAUUCAAGAUUGAACAUAGUCCCCUUUGAAUAUCAGAUGGUCCUAGGGUUGAAGGCAUGCAAAAUAAAGCCUCUCCUUCUCUUCCCUUGCCAUAAGGAAAUGCUCCUUUAUUUAUCAGUGUAAGAGUUCACAGUAUAGUGUUUAUUUAGCCCAAUUUGCACAGGUUUUUGGUGACUCAGCCUUUUCUUUGAGAAAAGAUUAAAAUACACUCCUGUUGUACCCCUCCUUCACCCCAAAACUCCUGCCUGUGCUUGU